CCGCGUCUUGCACGGAUACUUCGCUUCAGGACCUGCCACAGCUCGAGGACGACGAUUUUCUGCCCACGCCUAGUCGCGCAUCGCGCCUCUCUGCUGCACCGCCUUCCCCUUCACCAUCUAUCGUUCGAGCUCCGAGACGCAUGUCACAGGACGCGCUGCUCCCAACUCUUGGUACGGUGUCGGUCAGCGGCAAAGCGCCGACUUUGUCAACCACGGACGCCGUGAAUGAUGCUGCUGCUGGGGGCCCAGAGACGGCACUACCAGAAGGUCGAAGGGAGCCGUCGGAUUCGGCCAAAGCCGCAGCUCUGGCGACUGAAUCCGGUGCGGCACAGGUCGUCUGUACUGAGGCAGCGCCGACUGACGCUGCACAAGCGCCGACCGAAGGUUUCACCGAGACAGAAAGAAGAUCUUCAGCUGAGCUUGAGGACACGCCCAACACUCUUGGCUCGGAAAUGUGGUCCACCGCAGGAGAUCGCCGCAGCGUAGCGACCACAGCUACGACAUGGUCUGAGGGCAGUGCUGGGUCCCAAGCAGGCCCAGAAUUGGAGCGAGAGGCCGAGAAAGGCGAAAAGUUUGAGAGUGUACAUGAGAUCAAAGCGGCGAACAACGCUCCUGAACAUGCCGAGGCAUCAGCGGCCCCAAUCUCCACGGGCAUCCAGAAGGAUGUCAAUUUGAGCGAUGCCACCGAAGCUGCCGCCUUGUGCGACUCGUCCAAAUCUGGACUGCCUCCACUGGCGAAGGCCCGUGUGUCUGGCCUGCGCACACCUGCACGCUCUCGCACGCUGGAUGUCGGGACGACUGCCGAAUCACUAGCUCCCCAAAGCAAGCUGAAGCUACCGUCUCCUCGACCUACAUCUGCUAGCACCAUCUCGACCAAAGCGUCUGGCAUUCGGCCCCCUUCAAGCAUGUCUCGCCUCGGCAUUCAGACUCCCGGGGGGCGCAAGUCGACUUCAGACACUCUCAAAUCAAGCGAUGGGCCCGGUGCGGCCUCUCCAGCUUCUGGUCUUCCUUUGCCUGCAAGUGCAAAUCUCCGUCGUAUGAAGAGCUUCGGCGACACGCAGACCCAGGGGCUUCAGACACCACCACUCUCAACGCUGCCCAUCAUGAGCCCUCGCCUCAGCAAGCGGCCAUCAGCUUUGCCCCUCUCAAGCCCCCUCAGCGCUGGCCUCGAAAAGCCAAUCACGCAAUCACCGAUUACAGCAGCUUAUUCGCCCAUUUCAGCGCCAGUCACUCCAUCCACUUCUGCGCAUAGCCGACCUACCACGCCUGGCAGCAAGGCUUCCGGACUUCCAAAGCGAAGCGGACUUCCCAAGCCCGCUGCUUCUUCAUUGACUACCUCGUCUGCGCUGCCUCGCGCCACGGGUAUUCCGAAAAGGUCUUAGUCGUAUGCAGUGGCUGAUGCAUCGGCCGCCUCUCUUCCAUUCUUUGCUCCAACCACCCUACCAAAGCAUCUCGGACUCUUGGGCU